AACUUUUAUUUUGUAUUUUCAGGGACCGAUUUACUUAGUGGUAUAAUACCUGAGCUUUGUCAGAAAUAUCCAGAUUUAAAUUUCAUAAUUGGAGGAGAGGGACCAAAGCGAGUCAUUUUGGAAGAAGUACGGGAAAAAUACCAGCUCCAUGACAGAGUGCGUCUCUUGGGAGCCUUAGAACACAAGGAUGUUAGAAAUGUCUUAGUUCAAGGACAUAUUUUCCUUAAUACUUCCCUUACUGAAGCAUUCUGCAUGGCAAUUGUGGAGGCAGCCAGUUGUGGUUUACAGGUUGUGAGUACCAGGGUUGGUGGCAUUCCUGAGGUACUUCCAGAAAAUCUUAUCAUUUUAUGUGAGCCUUCUGUAAAAUCUCUGUGUGAAGGAUUGGAAAAAACUAUUUUGCAACUGAAGGCAGGAGCACUGCUGGAUCCUGAAAGCAUCCAUAACAUAGUAAAGACUUUCUACACUUGGAGAAAUGUUGCAGAGAGAACCGAAAAAGUGUAUGACUGUGUGGUAAAGGAAGCUGUGCUACCCAUAAACAAGAGAGUGGAGAGACUCAUCUCUUGCUGCGGCCCGGUAACAGGCUGCAUUUUUGCUUUGUUGGCUGUAUUCAACUUCCUCUUCCUCGUUUUCCUGAGAUGGAUGACUCCAGAUUCUCUCAUUGAUGUUGCAAUUGAUGCCACAGGCCCGAAUAGUGCCUGGACUCCAGAUUCUUCCAGUGAAGCAGAGGAUGAGGAGGAUGAGACGUCUAAUCCCAGGUAGAAGGAAAUCUGGGUUGUAAGAUUCAAGACACUUGUAAUGGUCCUAUUAAGACUUGGAAAAGUCACCGUGUGUUCCUUUCUUCUUUAAUUUAAUUUAGUAAGUUAUGCUACCUCUAUAUACCAUUCAAUAUUUUAUUUUGAGGACAAAUUAAAAAAAAAAAACUUAUGCAAUUCCUGAGUGUAGAAACUCCUUGCACUUACUUAAAAUUUAGGAGAGGACAUUUUAAGCCACUCAGGUAUAAAGUUUUUCAUAUUACUGAAAUCCCUCUAGCAGAAAUAAUUUUACAUUAUAUUUUGGGAGCUUUGGGUGCUUAAAGGCCAAACUUUUCUCUGGGCAUUUUUUUGGCCAAUUUUAAAUAUUCUUCCAUUAACUAGUCACUCACCAGAUGUUUACAAGUAUUCUUUAGGGAAGUGCUGCGACUAAAUGGACUACUUAAGUCAUCUUCACUCACAUUUACCUACAGCAUUUAUUAAGAGUACACUCAGUAAUUGUUACAUGUGGUCAGAUUUCUUCAUUAAGAUGGCCAGUUACCAGCAUGUUUGAAGCACCUGCUAUGUAUAGAAUGUUGAGCUAGGUACUUCCCGCCAUUAAGGACCAGGGGCACAUUCACUCUCACUCAGAUGGCUCGCUUCAUGUAGUUACAGUUGACACAAAAUCGUAAAAUAUCCAACAUGCCAAAAACAUUCAUGCUUUCAGUGCCAGGAAAAAAAUUGCCAUCGUGUUCUGAGUACUUCCUCAGUCCCGUUGUUUGCUUCCUCCUAGGUAGAGCUGUCCUCUUCAGUUGUGUUGGUUCAAACACUUUUUUGCUUUUUUAAUACUAGGGACCGAGAUCACUGUUGAUGCUAGUUCGGAGAAACCCUUCAUUUCUUUUAGUACUUAAUUUAGUCCUCUGUAAAUGCCUUCGUGUUACCCGAGCAGAAUGUAUGAGGUACAUCAUCUCCAAAUCAGCUGCUACCCUGUACCUUUGAUAGAAGUCAUUCCCUUCACUUGUGGCCUAGCUCAUGUCGGAGUAUUGUCAGUAUGCAAAAGUCUUUACCUACAGAAUAUUUUAUUUAGAGUAAAUUGAGUCUGAACAGUUUAGGAGCACAGUCUGCAAAUGGAUGUUUUAAACUGUAAUUGUUGUUACCCAGAGCCAUGGGUUUUCAAACCCCAACUUUCCACAUGGUGUGUAUUAGUAAUUCUUUGGACUCCUUAGAGUAAGUUUUUGUGAUAAAGGACUGUGAAAACAAAUGACGAAGUAUUGUGAAUCUGUACAGGAUUUUUUAAAAUUACAACAUUCAUAGGACUUCUUACUUUUAAUAAGUAUCUUAACAUGCCUCUUCACUGUUGCCACUGAUACAUAUAUAUAUAUAUAUAUACAUAUAUAUAUACACAUAUAUAUGUGAAAUAUUUGUGUUUUAUUAAAACACAAAUGCAAGAGUGCAAUUUUUUUUAAUAUUUAUUUCUCUUUUGUUGCCCUUGUUUUAUUGUUGUAGUUAUUCUUGUUGAUGUUGUUCUUGGAUAGGACAGAGAGAAAUGGAGAGAGGAAGAGAAGACGGGGAGAGAAAGAUAGCAGACCUGCUUCACUGCUUAUGAGCGACUCCCCUGCAAGUGGGGAGCCCAUGGCUCGAACCGGGAUCCUCAUGCAGGUCCUUGUGCUUUGCGCCAUGUGUGCUUAACCCGCUGUGCAAGAGUGCAAUUUUUAAAAUAUAAAAGUUAGGGGUUCUUUUGUUAAAUAAUUGACUACAAUCAUUAAUACUUUUUGGAACUUUUAUGCAUGGAAAUUAACAUACAUAUGAAGCAAACAGUGCCAGUAUUCAUGAUAAAGCGAGACACUAACGUUUUAUUUACUCCGUUCACCAUUUUUUUUUAUGGCAUACUGCUGGGGUUUUUGUUUUUUUGUUUGGUUUGGUAAUUUUGUGUUACUUGGCAUUUCCUCAAAAUUUUUAUUUGAUUAUUGAAGUGAUUUUUUUUUUUAGUGGUUUCUAUCCAUUGGAAAUAGGAUUGAAAGUUGCUCUUGCAUGUAUAAUAAGUGAUUUGCAAAUAAAAGUUAUUUUCCUUGUAUUUUUUUAAGCAAAUGAAAGUAAAUUUGCUUGUUCUAAUAAGUCUUCAUUUUCAGGCUUCCUGGAUACCUUAAUUGUAACUGUCAGUGUUGCACUGCACAACAUGUAGAAACAUACUGUUCUACCCUGCUACUUACACUUAUCUAAAAGUAAACUUACAGUGAUGAGGAAUUUAUGAAAAAUAUAUUUCUGUUUGAUGUUGCAAGAAGUAGCACACAUAAAACUGAUUUGUGAGAACAUACUACAUGCUCAAAAAUAAAGACCAAAAUGACAUUUUGACAA